AUGAUCGACCCUAAGGCUGAGGAGCUUGGCUGGACUAUCUCGAAAGAUGAUGACGAGAAUCUCAUCACGUUCAUAACACCAAAGUUCAGCGGUGCGGACCUCGCAGAAAACCCCAAAGUCAUCUCAGCCACAAAGGAACCUUAUUGGAAACCCCACGGCGGCCUCGAAGAACUUGAAGCUCUCGUCGAUCUGUGGAAAAACUCAUUCAAUGAGGGCGAGCAGUAUCCUGCCUUGGAGUGUCUCGGGCGGCCGACCAAUGCUGAGCUCGUUAAGUGGGUUCUCAGCUACCUACUCACCGACGCCGUCAAGAACCACGGCAUGUUCUACCUCAUUUGGCUGGCUGGCGGAACGGCUCAAGGAUCGAUUGAGCUUUGGGAGUGGGCUCAGGAGAAUUUGGAGAGGAUUGAGAAAGAGGUUCUGGUUGACAUCGCGUCUUUGUUCCUUGGGACUGCACUCGAGGGUCUGCAUACCCAGGAGCAGAUUGAGGAUGUCAAAGCGUUUUUUUGCCGGGCGCGAUACGAAGAGUCACCAUAUGGUCCUUGA